AUGUACGCCAGGUGCGGCGUGCUGGAGGACGCGCGGAACGUGCUCGAUGGGAUGCCCGAGCGGAACGUGGUCUCGUGGACGGCAAUGAUCUCGGGGUAUUCUCAGAACGAACGGCCUGACGAGGCCUGGGAGCUGUUCAUCAUGAUGCUCAGAGCUGGAUGCGAGCCUAACGAAUUCACUUUGGCAUCCGUCCUUACCUCCUGUACUGGCUCUGAAGGCAUACACCAGGUCAAGCAAGUCCAUGCUUUUGCCGUCAAGACAAAUUUUGAGUUACACAUGUUUGUAGGGAGUUCCCUUCUUGACAUGUAUGCCAAGUCAGAGAAUAUCCAAGAAGCUCGUAGGGUGUUUGAUAUGCUUCCUGCAAGGGAUGUUGUUUCCUAUACCGCCAUUUUAUCUGGCUACACCCAACUGGGCCUUGAUGAGGAAGCCCUGGACUUGUUCAGGCAGUUGUACAAUGAGGGGAUGCAAUGCAACCAAGUUACAUUCACAGCCCUUCUCAAUGCAUUGUCUGGACUUUCUUCCAUGGAUUAUGGCAAGCAGGUUCAUGGGCUAAUCCUUCGUAGAGAGUUGCCAUUUUUCAUGGCUUUGCAGAAUUCUUUGAUUGAUAUGUACUCUAAAUGUGGCAAGCUGUUAUACUCACGAAGGGUAUUUGACAAUAUGCCUGAGAGAUCAGUAGUUAGUUGGAAUGCUAUGCUUAUGGGAUAUGGAAGGCAUGGCUUAGCACAUGAAGUUGUUCAGCUCUUCAGAUCUAUGCGUGACGAAGUGAAGCCUGACAGUGUUACUCUGUUGGCUGUUUUGUCUGGCUAUAGUCAUGGUGGUCUGGUUGAUGAGGGCCUUGAUAUGUUUGAUCAUAUAGUUAAAGAGCAGAGCACACUCCUCAAUAUUGAACAUUAUGGAUGUGUUAUUGAUCUUCUUGGACGUUCUGGACAACUUCAGAAGGCACUAAAUUUGAUAGAAAAGAUGCCAUUUCAACCAACUCGACCAAUUUGGGGUUCAUUGCUUGGUGCUUGUAGAGUUCAUACUAAUGUUCAUGUCGGCGAGUUUGUUGCGCAGAAGCUUCUUGACAUCGAACCGGAAAAUGCUGGCAACUAUGUGAUCCUUUCUAACAUUUAUGCUGCUUCUGGGAUGUGUGAGCGUUUCCACCCCAGGAAGGAAGAUAUAAAUGCUAAAAUUAAGGAGAUAUAUGUUGCUAUUAAAGCAGCUGGCUUUGUUCCUGACCUGAGCUGUGUGCUUCAUGAUGUUGAUGAUGAGCAGAAAGAACGUAUGCUUCUUGGCCACAGUGAGAAGCUGGCCAUAACUUUUGGACUGAUGAGUACUCCUUCAGGCACCAUCCAGGUUAUGAAGAAUCUUCGCAUCUGUGUUGACUGCCACAAUUUUGCAAAGUUUGUCUCAAAAGUUUAUGGAAGAGAGAUAUCCCUCAGAGACAAAAAUCGCUUUCAUCUAAUUACAGAAGGAGCAUGCACCUGUGGAGAUUACUGGUGA